UAUUGUAGUAACAGCAGCACUAAUAAAUAACGCCGUUUGCGUAUCGAAACUUUUGCCGCCGCGGUUUUUUUUCUGUGCUGUUCCACACUAUUAUCUACUUCCGGUUCUGGAAACUUGCCUUCCGGAUGUUGAGCAGCCCCCCUGGUGGAAGAGGGUCCAUGGAGCUGCUGUACGUUGUGGCCGGUGACUAGAAGGGGCCCCGCACUUGGACCACCCACGAUCGAAACCUUUUUUUUGUUUCCUUAUUUCUCAUUCCGGACCGGUUGCUGUCCCGGCUGCCAAAGUGAUUCCGGCACUGCACGACCUAGCCGCUUCGGCAGCUUCUGUUGCAUCCGACUCCUCCUCCGGGCCGACGCGAAUACGCAAGAUUGAGCUCCUCAACGGCACACGUGGCCGGACCGUGGUCAUAGUAGCGGCCGGAUUCGAUGGGCACACGAUGGUCGCCAAGUACGACGAUACCUUCAUGAUCGUCAGCAUCUGUCUGGCCGCUGGCAUCAUCACCUUCGCGCUCAUCUACUUUCUCAGAAAAUACUUUCAAGGUGGCCAGUUUAAAAACAAAGACAUUCGAUUAGAGCCCAAAGUUGUCAUCAUCACAGGUGCCAACUCCGGUAUUGGAAAAGAGACUGCAAUAGAAUGUGCCAAACGAGGUGCCUGGGUCUACAUGGGCUGCCGGGACGUCAACCGGAUGGAGAAAGCCCGGCAGGAGAUCCUGGACGCAUCCGGUAGCCAGAAUGUGUUUGCCCUGGAGCUGGAUCUGGCUUCGUUUGAGUCGAUUAGAAAAUUUGUUAGAACGUUCCUAAGCAUGGAGCGAAGGCUCCACGUGCUGAUCAACAACGCGGGGGUGAUGGCCUGUCCCAAGGACUACACCAAGGAUGGGUUCGAGCUGCAUUUCGGAACCAACCAUCUGGGUCACUUCCUGCUCACCAAUCUCCUGUUGGAUAUACUUAAGAAAACGGCCCCGAGCCGGAUCAUCACGGUGGCCAGUUUGGGCCACAAGUGGGGCCGCAUAGAUAAGGACGAUAUCAAUAGUGAAAAAGAUUACGACAAAUGGGCCGCGUACACGCAGAGCAAGCUGUGUAAUGUCCUAUUUUCGCGGCAUCUGGCCAAAAGGUUAAGGGGAACUGGAGUGCAUACCUACUGCGUGCAUCCGGGCACGGUCGACACUGAACUGCUGCGGUACUUCAACAAAUGCUUGAGAAUUUUCCUGAAGCCGCUGAUGUGGAUAUUCUUCAAAUCGCCCAAAUCGGGAGCCCAAACGACGCUGUUCUGCGCCAUGGAACCGUCGAUCGCGAGCCACACCGGCAAGUAUUACAGCGACUGUAAGCUCAAGGAACCGGAACCGCACGGCAAGGAUGACGCCAUGGCCGAAUGGCUCUGGAACAUCAGCGAAAAGCUGACCGGGCUGGGGCACAACAACAGCAGCAGUCAUCAUCAUCUGCAACCGCACCACGGGGCCCACAGUAAAAAGAAGGAAACGGUAUCAUAGACGUCGUCAUUGUUCGUUUGUGUAUUGCGCUGCUGGUGUUGCACAAUUUCGCAGUCGUUGACGGGUUCAAUGUAACUUCUUGCAUCAGAAAAAAAAGCAAAGUGAGUGCGGAAACACGUGAAUGCAGCCGAGUUUUCGCAUGGUUCCUGGAUGAAAACAAAAACACAUUGCGGCCUUUGACAACUUUAGGAAGAACAUUAUAAUUUUUAAAAACCAUACAUAAAUUCAGGGAAAAUUUCCGCUAUGCUGAAGUUUUCGAUGAAGAAACCAAACCUAUUUAUGAUUAUUAUAUUCAGUGGCUUAAAUAUAACUCAAGUUAGAAGUGA